AAGGGGCGGCGGGCGCGGCGGGGUAGCGCGCACACAGCCGGGCUCCGGGCCGGGCGGCGCUGAGCGAGCCAGGCAGGCCCCAUGGCCACCAGCCGGGCGUCCAACGGCCGCGCCGCGCACCCCAGCGCGGGGCUCAAGCGGGCGCGCGGCGAGCCGGGAGGCAGCAGAGUGACCGUGGUGCUGGGGGCGCAGUGGGGGGACGAAGGCAAAGGGAAGGUGGUUGACCUGCUGGCCACCGAGGCGGAUAUCGUCUGCAGGUGCCAGGGUGGGAAUAAUGCAGGCCACACUGUCGUUGUUGAUGGAAAGGAAUAUGAUUUUCACCUCUUUCCUAGUGGCAUAAUUAAUCCAAAGGCAAUUUCUUUUAUUGGUAAUGGGGUGGUUAUACAUUUACCAGGCUUGUUUGAAGAAGCUGAAAAAAAUGAAAAGAAAGGUUUAAAGGAUUGGGAGAAAAGACUCAUCAUAUCAGAUAGAGCACACAUUGUGUUUGACUUUCACCAGGCAGUUGAUGGACUUCAAGAAGUACAGCGUCAAGCACAAGAGGGAAAAAAUAUUGGUACGACAAAGAAAGGAAUUGGACCAACGUAUUCUUCCAAAGCUGCACGAACAGGCCUUCGUAUUUGUGACCUCCUUUCAGACUUUGAUGAAUUUUCUUCAAGGUUCAAGAAUCUGGCACACCAAUACAAGUCAAUGUUUCCCACUUUGGAAAUAGACACAGAAGGGCAACUGAAAAAACUAAAGGGAUACGCUGAAAAAAUAAGACCAAUGGUCCGAGAUGGUGUUUAUUUUAUGUAUGAAGCUCUUCACGGCUCCCCAAAGAAAAUUCUUAUUGAAGGUGCCAAUGCAGCACUACUUGACAUUGACUUUGGCACGUACCCAUUUGUGACAUCAUCAAACUGUACUGUGGGUGGUGUAUGCACUGGACUUGGUGUUCCUCCUCAGAACAUUGGUGAAGUAUAUGGUGUGGUGAAGGCAUACACCACUAGAGUGGGAAUUGGAGCCUUUCCCACUGAGCAGAUAAACGAAAUUGGAGACCUCUUGCAGUCCCGAGGCCAUGAAUGGGGAGUAACCACAGGCCGGAAAAGGCGCUGUGGCUGGUUAGACCUUGUCAUUUUGAGAUACGCUCAGAUGAUCAAUGGAUUCACUGCUCUGGCAUUAACAAAACUGGAUAUUCUGGAUGUCCUUGAUGAGAUUAAAAUCGGUGUUGCUUACAAACUGUCUGGAAAAAGAAUUCCAUAUUUUCCAGCUAAUCAGGAGAUACUGCAGAAGGUGGAAGUAGAGUAUGAAACAAUGCCCGGGUGGAAGACUGACACGACUGGGGCGAGGAAAUGGGAGGAUCUCCCACCCAAGGCACAAAAUUAUAUUCGAUGUGUGGAAAACCAUGUUGGAGUGCCAGUAAAAUGGGUUGGAGUUGGAAAAUCAAGAGAGUCAGUGAUCCAGCUAUUUUAAACAAAGAACUUCAGUGAUGAGAAGCACAAUUUAAUGUUCAUCUGUUCCUUACUACUCCCAAGUUAAAAUGGAGCUGCUGUUUAAAACCAAAAUGUUCUUCUAGGAAAUUAUUUGUAAGAAAUAUAUAUUGUAUACUUUAAUAUUUUCAUUUGUCAGUAAAUGCAAAUUGUCAGUGAUAAAAAUCUGCUUGGUAGCUACCAUCUUUUUCUCCCACACAUAUGCGCAAAAGCAUAAAGAAUUCAGUAACUGAAUAAGAACUGGAAUGAAAAAACAAGUGGUUUUCUUCCUUUUUCUCUGACUUGAGCCAUGUUGCUAUUCAGAAGUGUUUUACGUCCAUUUCUUUGGGCUGAUGACAAUACUGAACAUUUUCCAGUAGUUACUGAACGACUGGAAAAGCUGAAGUUAUUCUUCAAAGGGAAAAGUUAUAAUUCCUGUUUCUAUGGGUUGGCAGCAAUAAGACAUAUAUAUUGCAUUUAAAAUUGUCCUGGUUAUGUAGAUCUUCAGUCCCUAAAACACAGUAAAAUUAGGUAGGCAUUUCUGAUUUCAUAAAGCAAGGCAAAUGCGAUUAGCUUGAAGCCUGAGAUUUUUUUUUUACAACCUACUAAAAUAAAUGGGAGAGAAGCUACAGUGAUUGUAUCACAAAGUGAUGCAAGCCAGUAACUGAGGUAACUUCUGGGGAUGAGCCAGACUGGAGAUAGCUGAGCUGCCUAUGUAUUUCCUUCAAAUCUCCUGUUUACCAACAGGCACCCCACAUGGAGGCUGGCAGAGCAGCUUUCCUCCCCUCUUGUGCAAAAUAAAGGAAAUCAGAGGAGUGAUGAAGGGUAUAAAGGGCCCCAAAGCCACAGAAAUGGUGUGUGGGGGAGGGAGGAAGUAGAGCCAAUGCAGCAUGAUGCAUCUUCUCCCUGAAUCUGAGAUGUGUCUCCAUGCAAACACUGUACUUCUGGAGCAACCCCGAUUUUGUUGGGCAUAGGUGGUGAGGCACUGGAGAGUACCAGCUGUAUGGUGACAUGCUGUCCUCCAAAUCUGGUGCAUUUCCAAGGAUAAAUCUAUGCAUGAUUUAAUGCUGCUAGUUGCAGCCUUAACUCCCUUUCCCAGCUUUUGACCCCAUGCACCAAACUGUAGAGGGUGAUACCUAGUGCUAAAGGAGGGAGCAUAUGACAGCACAGCUCCUGACAGGGCUGAGCUGUUUGGGCUAGUGAGGUACAGCACAGAGGUUCCAAGAUUUCCAGGGAUGGAUCUGGAAUUCCUCAUGGAUCCUCUGGUUCUGCAUGGUUAGAAGGCCAUGCUCUCUGCCCCCUCUGCAUGGCCCAAGCCCCUCUUUUAGAGAAGAGAAUGCUGCGGAAACUGAGUUAUUCCAAAAGUUAAGGAAUUUUCAGAGCACACUGACGUUUCUGUGAGUUUUUCCACAGCUAGGGAGAAUAUAGCCCAAUAUUUUUAUGACAUUCCCAGAUACCUUGGUGCACAUCUAGGAAUGGCAUCACCACCUCUGCUGGUUCCCAGUGCAUUAAUGCCAUGAUUUCCUUUGUGAAAACACCCCUUUUUGGGACAGUACUUCCAGGAGUGAUGGCAUCCAAAAUGGUGGUACCCUUGGGUGCAGAAUGGGGAAAAAUAAGACCUGUCCAUGGACCUCCAAACACUUCCAGAUCCAGUUACCUCAUGUGCACUCCCCCAUGUUGUCCCAUCUCUAACAAUUAUCUAGAUAUCUUUUAACAUUUAAGAUCUGUUGUAUUUUUUAAAGUAAACAUAACAUAUGAGCAGCCAUGGCUUCUAUAAUCACAAGGUAGUAAAGCAGUUUAUAUUACCAUACAAAGAUGCAUUGAGGCUUGUAGUACAGUCCCUCUGCACCCUCCUCUGGUAGCAGUGCAGUCUCUUCACACACCCCUCCAGCGCAGCCUGUGGCUUUGUGGAUAGGUGCUGGGUUCGUAAAAAUUGAGUAGGGGGCCAGGAGUUAGAGCCUGAGGAUAAAACCCUCAGUAGGGGUAUAAGGAGCAGAACCCCCUUUACUUGGUAAGGCAUGGCAGAGGGGCAGCUGGGCCAAAUUUGAGUGUCAUUGUGACCCUCUGCACCAGAUCUCAGUGCCACUCAAAUUUGGUCCAGUCAGGCAGGUAACCACAGCUGGGGAUGGGGCCGCUUUCCCCAUGAGUCCAUGUAAUCUGGCUCCUAUGGCUUUAUGCCAUCGUCUAGUCCUUUAUGUCCAGUGAUUUAAGCACAAGAACUCCUGAGUCCUAAACCUGACUUCUUCUGUGGCCUAGGGCAAGUCAUUUAACCUGUGUGCCUCAGUUUUGCCAUCUAUAAAAUGGCAGAUAAUAAUACUUACCUACCUCAUAUAGGUUUUGUGAGGAUUAAUUAAUAUGGGCCAAAUCCUGUAGUACUUACCCUUCUCUUUUAUUAGGCAAAACCCCCAUUGAUAAUCAAUGGGAGUUCUGCCAGCGUAAGGACUGUAGGAUUUAGAUCUUAUGUAGUGUUUAUAAAGCACUUUUGAAAAGUGCUCUGUAAGUGCUAAGUAUUAUUAUUAUUAGCACUGUAAAAUGUAGCUCAUGUUAUGAGGUAUCUUAAGCACAAGCACUCUUGGCAAUGCACUACUAAUCAAGUUUCAUUUCCAAUGGGCUCAGUCUCAUGGCAGUAUCAAUUAGAGGGUUCAGAUUGAUUCCUUCCCUCAGCCCACUGUCCUCAGCACAUUUUUAUUAGCACAAAGCCAUUUUAUUUGGGCUUUGUUCAGUUUUAUAGGAUUAGGUCCGCAGUGAGUAACAGUUACUCACAAUGUAUCAACAACCAUUGGCUUAAGUGAUCAACCCUAAAUAAGUCAUUUUGGUACAUUAAAAAUGAAGUUAUUAUAAAUUAAUUGUCACAGCAUCAAUGUCUCUUGCUUGACCUAGACCUUUAUUUUUCAUGAAGUGCCUUUCCAUUUUGCCUUUGCUUUAGGGCCUCAUCCAAGCCCACUGAGACCCUUGAUUUGCACCACAUCAGGAGACCAUUAUCCUGUGACACUGUUAUGUUCCUUGCAUUUAAUUUAAUUGAAUAGGUUUUUUUAAAUUAGAUUUCUUCUCCUCCUGAAUUCUGGGAAUUUUGCCACUGUGUUCAGUGUGCACAGGUUCAGGCCUUUAUUUUUAGAAGUUCUUUACAGGCUAUGUGAUGACACAAACUUUUAAAAGGAACACGUUCGAUUUAAACCAUACGGUCAUCUUGACUGUUUCCUGUGGCAGACUACUUUAGAUUGGAACCUUUGCUUGGAAUUUCAUUGUAAUAAUAACCACUGUGGCUAAUUUAAUUUUUCUUUGUACACAAGUUGAAUGUAAUAAUUAUUGAAAUUUGUUCAUGUAUCAUGUUAGAUGUACUGAUGGAAGAAUAAGGGAAAUAUCUACUAAUAUGGUAUAUUAUAUUGUGAUGGAUUACAGUAAAAAAAAGUUACUAAACCAUUCAGGUAAAACAUGUAUUUGACAGAUUUUUGUCAGACUUGCCAUCACAUUGCGGCCUUCAUAAUCAGGUGUACACUUCCUAACAUAUGCUAGUUUUUUGGGUGGUUUUUUAACUGACCUGUAUAUGCUCUUACAGCACUGGCCAGCUGCAUUUUAUAAAUUGAAACAAAUAAAACAAAGAGUUUUCAAAGUAAUGUGCAAAAUGUACAUACAUUCACCCACGCACCCAUGUAGAUAUUGCAGGAAAACUUUGAAAUCUCAUCUCAUUCUUUUACCCUCAAAGACACAUUUAGAUUCAUUUUAAAACAAAUGUUUCUGAGAAUUUGGGGAUAAAAUUCACUACUUUCAAAUCCAGAAACAUAGUCAAGUGUUUCCUAAUGCUUUUAAAAUAAUGAUCAAGAAGCUUUGCAUAAGAAAUGGAUAUUUUCUUUCUAGCUAUGAGCAGCAGAUAUUUACUAUUGGCAUUUCAUUCGUAUAUUCUUAGGAAUGGAUAGGGUGAGUCCUGGCUAGCAAUUCCUGGCAGAAAUACUUACUUCACUCAUGAAACAGAACUUUUCCCUUUGAACAUUUCGUGACUGACUCCAGUGAGUUCUUUCCAUGAUAAAUUGCUUAAAGAAACUUGAACAAUUAACUCUUUACAGUUCUUUAUCAUUACAAAUCCAUCCAUAACACACCAUUGGGGAAAGGAAGGAAAAAAUGAUCUCACCUAAUAUAACUAUGGCUAACCCCUACAAUAUGGCAGGCCUUCAGAGUGGUGGGGGUGGGGACUUUUGGGAUCCUGUUUUACAGGUAGGAAAAUCUCCAUUUCUCAUUAUCUCCUGAAAUCAAUCUGGAACAACAGGCCUUUUACUUCAGUGUCCAUAUCCAAUGAGCGAGAGACCAGGUCAGUACAUCUACUGAAGGAGAUGUCUGAAAAGGGACUGGGGAGACUUCUGUGUUGCCAGUUGAUAGAUCUUGUCUACAAAGGUUGACUCACUUUCUUCCAGUCACAUGAAGACACCCUUAGUGGAAUGAGCUUUGACUGGUAACUGGCCUCCAAAGCAGUUUCAUCAAACCCCAUAAGUAGGGACUUGUGUAAAUCACAAUUUAUUUUUAGAAAAUUAACGACAAUGCAAAUGGCAAAGUAUUGAAUUUCACUGAGUUUGCACGGAAUGAAUUUUACAAGUUAACAUUAGUCAAUUCAAAGGAUGAAAUGAAUUUUACAAGUUAAUUUAACCAAUUUUACAACUAAAAUGUAUUCCAUCCUGGAAAUUGACUAACGUUAGCUUGUAGAAUUCAUUCCAUCCUUGGAAUUGACUAACAUUCACAGUUUGGGGGCAUUUUCAUGAUUUCUGUGUCCUCCAUGAAAUUGUGGUUUACACAGGGCCCAAUCCAUAAGGCACUGGUGUUUCUGGAGCUGCCAAAGACAGAAUGGAGACUGGGUUGUCUGCUGAAGCUACCAGUCAGGAGCCCCUCCAUGGGAUAAAUUCUGCUUUAUGAUCAGUCCAGCUGGGCAGUGGAGAAUGCUCCAUGCCACUCCUGGUUUAGACUCAGGAAGAAGGGAAGAAGGAGGGGGGCAUGAUGAGAAAUAUGUGGAAACUGGAUAACCAUUUUUACUUUGUCGAAACACACUAAAUAAAGGGCAUUACUGGUCCUAACCAUUUUAUAACAAUAAUGACUGUUUAUGGGGCCAAAUCUCACAGGUCCUACUUACUCCUUACAGAGGGUCUGAUCCGCAGACAUGUGGCCUUGUAUGCAUGGAUCACACCCCCUCCCCUGAGGGAGUGUGUGUGGGGAGUUUUUCUCACCCCCUUUCCAUACCAACUUCUGCCCCUCUAUCUCCCCCCCCCCCCCCCCCCCCCCCCCCGCCACCCACAAACUUUCAGAGGGCACUCUGUGCAUCUGGGAAUCUACACGGUGGGCUGGCGCAUCAUCUGUCCCUCCCCCUCCCCCUCCCAGUGAAUCCUGUAGGAAUCAGGGCAGAAA